AUGCUUGGAAUCGUGGAAGUUACCGAGGAAGACGAAAAUGUAUUGAUAUUGGAAGAAUCAACUUUGUUGGUGGUAAAUGAGCUAGAUCCACUUCUCGUUGAAGAUGAAGAAGAGGAUUUAUCAUCGGAAGAAUCAGCACCUUCAGUGGCCGUUGAACUAGAUUCACUUUUUGUUGAAAAUGAAGAAGAAGCACUAAUGGUGGCAUGGGGCCAUGUUGUAAUCCCUGCUGCGGAAGUAUGGCCUGAUCCCUGUGAGUUAAUUCUCGAGUUUUGUGAGGACAGCAGGGUAGAUGAAGAGGUUGACGAAGUCGUAUCCAUUUCUGUUGCGAACUCGGUCGUUAUUAUCGAGCUGACCAUGGUCGUUGAUUGUUGGGUGAUAGUCAAGAGCGACGUAUAUGUUGCUUUCGCAUGGACCGCUAAGGGUAUUCUCGAUCCUGGAAGUUCCUUAAUAGAGAUGAGUGGAGAUAGCAUACAAGCAGAAGGUGCCCCAAGGGUACAUGCAAGGCCUGCCAGAAAAACGAAGCCUGUUGUUGUUUUCAUAUUGAAGUUUGUGUUGAUCGUUUGA